AUGAUCGCCAACUCAACUCGUGCUAGGACUCUUGUCAACCAGAAGCCAGAAGUGACUGAAGAAGAGUCCUCUGUGUAUGAGACAAUCCUCCUGGCCGCGCAGAGCCAGAAGACCGAGAUUAGUGAUUGUAAGGAAAGGACCGAAUGCUACACCUCGAGAGCUUCACCUUACCUUCCAAAAGAGGAAUGCAUUGAAAGUUCUUGA